UCUUCUCGAUGGAAGCAGAACCUUGUCCAAACAUGCAGAGAGCUCCAUGGACUACCUUCCUGUGGAACUUCCAGGUGGCGCUGUAGUCUCCAAAAGCGAUGUCCUUACCGUCUCUGGUCAGGACGUCCGUGGUCACCUUCAUUACACAUGAACAUCAUCGUCACAUGAUGAGCCGGAAGCCGGCAGUAAGAUGGCGCCGGAAGCCGGAAGUAAGAUGACGCCGGAAAGAAGCAAGAAGCGGGAAGAAAGAUGGCGUCCUCUGAGACGCAGGCCAGGUUCGGUCAGUCCGUGAAAGGAUUAUUAUCUGACAAAGUAGCUGCGUGCAGUGUGGACGUCAUCGCUCUCACGCGGCAGGUGCUGAAGAUCUCCCGCAGCCAAGAGCUUCUGGGUCAAGCGGCCAGGAAUAUGGUGAUUCAGGAGGACGCCAUCUUCCAUUCAGAAGACUGUCUUGUCUUUCAGAGCCUCAGAAAGAUGUCCAUCAUCACCACACAUCUCCAGUACCAGCAGGAGGCCAUCCAGAAGAAGUGUGCGAUCCAGGCACCUGAACUCGAUUGUGGCGUCACUCCCGCCGCUCACCGUCCACGCUUCCAUUUUUGCCAGGCCCUCCAUCUAUGUGUCUGCCUCGCCGUCAGACUACCACCCCCACCUCACCAUGGUAUAUAGAACUAGACAAGCUACAACGACACCAUCAGAUCCCCCGUCAGGGCAAAGAAAAACUCUACCCAUAGUACAAAGAGAAACCUUGGAGAGGACCGCAGAUGUGGAGACCUCCCUGGGCGACCACAGCAAUAAAUGAAUACAUACUUACCUUUGUAUGGAUCUUGCAUAAUAUUGUGAGUGUCUAGUCCAUAGUGGGGCCAGCAGGAGACCAAACCCGAGCGGUUACACGUCAUCAGCGCAGAGAUGUCCCCAACCGAUGCACAGACGAGCAGUCCACCCCGGGUCCCGACUUUGGACAGCCAGCGUUUCAUCCGUGGCCACACUGCAUGUACAUACAUACAUAUACACAUUAUAUAUACAUACAUAUAAACAUAUACGGAUAUAUAUAUAUAUAU